CAUAACAAUGCAUUUCAAGGAACAUACACGCGCCAAGGAAUGUGUUCUAUUGCUGGUUGCUAACGUUACCAUUCUACAUGUUUAACGGCAUAACCUGCUCCGGUAAACGUCGCCGUUAACGGACAGGUCCGCUCAGCAGCCUCUGGAAGAGCCUCGUUGGUCCUAUGCACCAGCUGGAAGCGUGUGUUAGCUGGCUAGCGUUAGCAGGCUAACAGCAGCUCUGUCGGGGACAUUGUGCGAAAUCUGUCGGGAGGAAACAGCAGUCGGUUGAUUGUCAGGGUUAAGACAAUCAGAGGCAACAUAUAAGUGCCUCCGCUGUACGGUUUCCUUUCCCAGAGUGUGACUCGUCUGCACGACGUCACCAAUGCGACCAUGGGAAAUAGCAGUAAAUAGGCUGCCACCAACAGCCCCCUUAAACCCGAGGAGGUUUCUUGGAGAGCCCUGUAACGCUCCAGUGCAUCUCAGGAGAAGCCCACCAGUGAGACGCCAGUGGGGGAGACGAGACAGACCUGUACUGCACACUUCUCUGGUCCAGGAUGAGAACUUCCAUCAUCUGCUUUUCUCGCAACAUCACCAACAGGUUCCUUUAGAUGAGUCCAGACAAUACAGCCACACCAGCACACCACCACGCAUGCUUCACCCUGCUGCUCACCUGCCUCAGCAGAGCCCCAUCAUGGUGGAUCUACAUGACCAGAUGCACCAGGGAUCGGUUCCAAUAUCAUACACUGUUACGACGGUGACGACCCACGGAUUUCCUAUCCACACCGGGCAGCCCCUGCCAGGGUGCAACACUCAGCAGCUCCCAGCAUGCUCGGUAAUGUUCAGCGGACAGCUCUCUCUGCUCUGCUGCCUUCCUCCUCCUCUUAUACAGGCAUGUACCAUGCAGCAUAUGCCAGUGUCUUAUCAAGCCUUUCCACCCCUGAUCUCCAGCGAACAUUUUGUAUUGCACCCAACCCCAUCUGUACCCCCCCACCAGCCGCCGCACCUUACUCCUUUGAGCCAGUUUGUCCCUUUACAGCCUCAGCACCCACGCAUGCCUCUACAGAGGGUAGAGAAUGAAGUUGACCUAAGAGGGGACCAGCACCCAUUAGGGACUUUCUCCUACCCUCCCUCUCAUCACCCACCAGCGCUGCCUCCUUCUUUGCCCCUACAGUAUCUUCCUCAAGAGCCUCUGCAUCAGGAGCUUUCCUUCGGAGUGCCAUAUCCCCACAUGCUGCCCCGGCGAGUGAGUGGACAAAGAUACCGGUUACAGCAACCUCUCCCCCCUCCUCCGCCCCCUCCAUCUUACUACCCAGGCUUCCUCCCUUACUUCCUGUCAAUGCUUCCUGUGCCUCCAACAGCAGUGGGCCCAGCCAUCAGUCUAGACCUGGAUGUGGAUGAUGUGGAGAUGGAGAACUAUGAGGCAUUAUUGAAUCUGGCAGAGAGGUUGGGUGAAGCAAAACCCCGUGGACUCACUAAGGCUGAUAUAGAGCAACUUCCGUCCUAUAGAUUCAACUCAGAGAAUCAUCUAUCUGAACAAACGCUGUGUGUUGUGUGCUUUAGUGACUUUGAGUGUAGGCAGCUACUUCGGGUAUUACCUUGUAACCACGAAUUCCACGCUAAGUGUGUGGAUAAAUGGUUAAAGACCAAUCGCACUUGUCCUAUCUGCCGAGCCGAUGCCUCGGAUGUACACCGGGAGGUGGAGUGAGAACUGUCUCUAAGUGCUAACUGGAAAGCUGCACACACCAGAGUUUGUCCCAAAGCUGGGGACACCUGCCACCUAACCUGCGUCCUCCAGUAAAUAUAGCUUACCAACCCACUACUCCUGCCCCUUCCUAAAUAAUAAGCAAUCCAGGAUUUGUUUCUGGAGCCUGUUGUACCUCUGCUGUGCUUCAUUGUCCGAGUACCAUGAAACCCACUGCCUAUUGCAGCCUAUAGCCAGAGUUCUGGGAUCGCCAGCCAGUUCUUUCUCUGCCCCCUCGUCGCAGAUUCCAAAGAUUUUCCCUACAAUGCAUUAUUUGCUGCUUUUGUUUACAGGGUUUCAUUUUUAUUUAGUGGAUUUGGUUGUGGUGUUCAUGACUAGUGGGAGUCCUGCAUUGGAAGAAGUGAGUCAGGAGCCUGGAGGAUGAUAGGCUGGACACCUUGUGCAAUUAGCAGAAAAAUAAUAGGAAUACUUCAACAUGGGUAUCUGUGUUUGGAGGCGACGCCUGACCAUCAUAGAUGCAUGUUUGUGUAGGUGUUGGGCAAACUGACUUGUUAAUAAUGUAUGUUCUGCAAUAAUGUAUUGAUCAUUUCAACAGUUUUAUCCCUUAUUUGUUUUAGAUUUGCCAAUGCUAUUGUGAAAGUGUGACUUGCUGUGGUUAAAUGCAGAUUCUGUUAAGCCUGAGGUUAUGGACUGCAAGUGAUGGGACAUGCAACUGCGGGGUAUCCUCAACCCCAGAUAAUCCACUCUGGAACACACAUCUGUAAAAAAGCAGUCUUGGAUUAAUGGACUGCAUCCUUUUUGAGGUCAUCCGGCAUAACUGCACAAGUGCUACAUCCAUCCUCCACGUGAGCAUUGUUCCUCUGGCAAGUGUGUACGCGUGUGUGCAUAUUGAGUGUGUGUGUGUGCGUGUGUGUGUGUGCGCGUGUGCGUGUGUUUGUCCUGUUCACAGAGCCAAUGCAUUGUGUAACCACUGGAUACAGGGCAGCAUGCUAGAAUUUGCAUGAACUGUUGAUUCAGUUGAUUCAGCAAUAUUUUAAUCAAGCAUUGCCACCAAAAUUAUCACAUUUAAGAAAAAGAAGAAACAAAGAAGCAUACUAAAAGAACUGCUUGCUUAUUCAGAAAGCACCGUGAGGGAAGACUAGCAUGUGGUUCCAUCCCGACUGCGUUAAAGGAAUGGAGUCCUCGUCGGAAAUCUAUGCUGCUGUCAUAGAGCUCUGGAGGCCUGUGCAGAAAGCAAUAUGUGCAGUGAGUGGCGAGUUUUAAACGAACAUUUUCUUCCCCUUUUAGGAAGACUGGGCUUUUUAUUUCUUUGUUUGUGAGCCAAAUCCAAUAUACAGAUAUAGCCUACUGUUCAAGAUUUCAGAUCUGCCUUCUUAUGACCUUGACAAGCACAAACCUAUUACUAAUCCUGAAAAUACUUUGUCAUUUUCACUUGUUUUAAAAGUAUACCAUUUUUAAAAGGUUUAUUUAUUGGUUUUAUCUUCUAGAGAAAAUACAUUGAAGGAAACAGUCGGAGCACUAACAAUGUUUGUGUAUGGUAUGUGUUAUAUUCUGGUAACUUGGUCAGGUCACCGUCUUAGGCCAUGGUAAUGGUGUUGUAAAAGAGCAACUGUAUGUAUAGCUUCAGUGUGAAUGCUUUUAGAACGUUUGAAGACAGAAGAAUGUUGAAAACCCUCGUAGAAGUCACUGGUGUCACUCCGCUACGUUACGCCAGCUGUCUGUAUCCCAAAGUGAUCAGGACGGGGUUCAAAUGACACAGAGCGGGAGUGUUCAGUAGUAUAGAAACACUGUUAGACUUCUAGUUCCCUGCUUGUGUUCACACACACAGAAAAAAAGA